AUGGCCUCCCCCUCCCGCCCGGCGCUCCCUCCCCACCUCCGCCUCCUCUCCCCGCGCCAGCUCCCUCCCCUCCGCUCGCCUAGACGUCGCGGCGCGGGCAGCCGCGUCCUCUCCUCGCUCCCCUCCCCGUCCCCGUCCCCGCCCUCGCAGCAGCGCGUCUCCACCGCCUCGCUCGAGCACGGCCCCGGCCCCGGCCCCUCCGCCGAGCANNNNCCGCGGCCACACGACCAGGCGCUCUCCGCGGAGGUCGCGCGGCUCUCCGCGGCCCGCGCGCGCCUCCGCGCGGCGCGCUCCCUCGGCGACAAGCUCCGCGCGCUCGACGCCGAGCCCCGCGUCGCGGCCUUCUUCGGCGACGCGUCCAGCCGCGGGGUCCUGGGCGGCCUCCGGCCCCGGGAGGCGUACCUGCUCAAAUGCCUCGUCGCGGCCGGCCAGGACCACGUGCUCGGCGCGGAGCUCGGCUGGGCCGGCGGCGGCCACGAGCGCCACCGCAAUGGGAGCGGGGGCGGGAGCGCGCUGAGGGAGGCGCUGUACAGCCUGGCCGAUCUGGUCGGGAGGUGGAGCGAGGAGGGGGCGGCGAAGGACGAGGCCGGGAGCGGGGAGACGGAGCUGCUGCUCGGACGGCUGCUCAAGUUUCUCGGAGACAUCGAGGAGUUCUACGACUGCGUUGGAGGCAUCAUCGGCUACCAAAUUAUGGCGUUGGAGCUGCUUUCGGUCUCCAAGUCCAAGGACAGCAAGCACCGGCAUAGCAAAGACAAGUUUGUCGACUUCCAUGUUCCCACUGGACUUAAUCUAUUGGAGGAUACAGAAUAUGCAUCUCAAGCUGCCAUGUGGGGAAUCGAGGGUUUGCCAGAACUUGGUGAAAUUUAUCCAAUUGGUGGUGCCGGUGACCGUCUUGGUUUAAUGGACUCAGAUACCGGUGAAUCCCUUCCUGCCGCAUUGCUUCCUUACUGUGGAAGAUCUCUACUGGAAGGACUGAUGCGAGAUCUGCAGGCUAGAGAGUUUCUCCAUUUCAAGAUCUUUGGGAAACAAUGUAUAACCCCUGUGGCGGUCAUGACAAGCUCUGUGAAGAAUAACCAUGAACAUAUAGUUGCCAUCUGUGAAAGACUUGAAUGGUUUGGUAGAGGCCGUGAGAACUUCCGCUUGUUUGAACAGCCCUUGGUGCCUGUAGUAAAUGCUGAAGAUGGCAAAUGGUUAAUCAGCGAGUCACUUCUCCCUGUGGGUAAACCCGGUGGUCAUGGCGCUAUUUGGAAGCUUGCUUGCGAUCGAGGUGUAUUUGAAUGGCUUUAUUGUCAUGGCAGAAAAGGUGCAACUGUUCGUCAAGUCAGCAAUGUUGUUGCUGCAACUGAUUUGACGCUGAUGGCAUUGGCUGGAAUAGGCCUGCGUCACAAUAAGAAAUUAGGUUUUGCAUCUUGUGAGCGAAGACCAGGUGCUACGGAAGGGGUGAAUGUUCUUAUUGAAAAACAAAACCUUGAUGGGCUCUGGGAAUAUGGUAUCACUUGCAUCGAGUACACUGAAUUUGAAAAAUACGGCAUAUCAGAACCUACAGCAACGAAUGGCAGUUUGCAGGCUAGCUAUCCAGCAAAUACAAACAUUCUAUAUGUUGACCUGCAAGCAGCGCAGGAAGUUGGAUCACGGAAAAAUGCUAGCUGCUUACCAGGAAUCGUGCUAAAUUUGAAGAAGGCAGUAUCAUAUGUGGAUCAUCUGGGCUUUGAGUGUAGCGCUGCGGGUGGCAGGCUAGAGUGCACAAUGCAAAACAUAGCAGAUAAUUUUAUGAACACAUAUAGCUACAGGUGCAGUGAAGGAAUAGAAAGCGAGCUCGACACGUUCAUUGUGUACAAUGAAAGGAAAAAAGUCACUUCAUCAGCUAAAAGGAAGCUGAAACCAGAAGACAGAUCAUUGCACCAGACUCCAGAGGGUUCACUCCUCGACAUUAUGCGCAAUGCUCAUGAUCUUCUUUCUAGCUGCAGCAUAGAGGUUCCAAAGGUCAAAGACAAUAAUGAGUACUUGCAUUCUGGGCUACCAUUUCUCAUAUUUCUUCAUCCUGCUUUAGGUCCAUUUUGGGAUAUCAUAAAGCAAAAGUUCAUAGGUGGCUCCAUCUCUAAAGGUUCAGAGUUGCAAAUAGAGGUGGCAGAAUUUCUAUGGGAAGAUGUUGAGCUGGAUGGGAGCCUUAUUAUUCUAGCUGAUAACAUUAUGGGCCCAACAAAGAGGAACACUCAUGGUGAGCAAAUACUACACUAUGGAGCCAGGUGUGGGAGAUGCAAGCUGCAGAAUGUUAAAAUUGUGAACGAAGGGAUCAGCUGGGAUUCUCCCAGUAAUGUCUAUUGGCAGCAUCAUGUUGAAAGAUCAGAAUCUUUAAAGAUUAUUCUUCAUGGAAAUGCAGAAUUCGAGGCGAAAGAUGUUCUCUUGAAGGGUAACCAUAUGUUUGAAGUACCCGAUGGUCAUAGAAUGUGCAUCCUUCAGAACGAAGCAGGGUUUGUUGUCAAGUUAGACCCUAUAAAGAAGGAGAUGAUGGACAGCGGAACGUGGUACUGGGAGUACACGGUAGAUGGCGCCCAUGUGAAGUUGAAUAUGGUAGAUCCGUGA